CAUAUCAAAAAGUGAGUCUUCUCGAGACAAUGCAUGGAGCCUGUGAAGUUAUCACUGCAGAGUCAUGUCAAGGGUGGAUCUGUCCCUCUAGGUGCUUCUUCACCUGCUGGUUGGCCAGGGAGAACAUUAGUUGUGAUGUAGAUGGGGUCUUGUGGCCAAAUCCUCAUAACCUACAAGAUGAUGCCUAAGUUUUGUAUUUUUGUUUGUUUUUGUGUAUGUAAACUUCAUACAGAGAACAAAUAUUACAUUUUCCAUCUGUUUCUGCAAUACUUUUGAGCAGCUUUUGAGAAAUGUUUUGUAGCUCAUCUCAUUUUGUAAGGGAAUUAGAUUUGUGAAGAGUGAAAUGUACAUUAAAUUCAUUCUUCAGUGGAAGCUUUUGUGGUCUUUGUCUUUUGAAAUACAAUGAUUAGCUUGGUGGUUGGUGUGUGCACAUAUCUGCGUUGUGUGUUUGUGAUUCUGAGUGGAUUAUUUGGAUAUCAGGCAUGUGUUUAGAGUUCUGAAUGUAAAAGUUCCAGAAUUGUGUGUGUGGGAUACUGAGAUUUGUGGUUGUAGUUGUGGGAAAUAUGUGUAACCAGUUGGGAAAAACUGUAAUGUUGAAACAGCACACAUCAGAGUGAGUGUGUGUGUGUGUGUGUGUGUGUGUGUAACCCAUGGCAGCACUGUUGUGUUUAUGGAGACACUGUGAGACAAGUGUUCCACACACUGAAGUUUGUCUGCUUUAGAGAAUGGCUGAGGAGAGAAAAGAGAGUUCAUCAGACGAGCUAAAGGAGAAAAUUCGCUUUCUGACUGAUGAGAACGACCAUCUGAGCAGUAAACUGGGCUCCACACAAAGCAGAGCGGCUCAACAUGCCGCUUCCAACCGGGACCUGAGCUCCAGACUGGUGCAGAGUGAACAAGACAAAUUGAAGAUCUCCAAAGAUCUUGUGGAAGUGCAGAUUGAAGCCAACAAAUUGAGAGAGAAAUAUGAGGCAGAGAUAUUUGAGCUGCAGAAUAAGGUGUUGUGUCAGGAAGGUUUGGUGUCGAAUCUGGAGGCAGAGCUUGGCCGGCUGAAGCGGGAGACCGAGAUAGCAUCAUCACGGUUACAGAUUGCCGAGGAUAAGGAGCGGGACAUGGCGGAGGAGUACGCAGCCCUGAAGAGUAACUACCUGGCUGUGAGUGAAGGUCUGGAGCGUGAGAUUACACACUCACAGGAGCUGAGCGAUGAGCUGCUGACACUCGCACACACACAUGACACACUGCUGCACGAGAAGGAGCGAGAACACACUCACACACUUGAGCUGGAGAGGGUCAGAGCUCUUCUGAGCAGAGUGUCCCACAGUAGAAUCAGGCCAGAGGAACUGAGCCGAGGAUGCAAUGCUAUUGGGGACAGAUGCACACACAGGGCCCAGUACGAGCUGAGGGAGGAGCUCGAGAAAAUGAGAAAGAGUUACGAAGAGCAACAACAGCGAAUGGAGGAGAAAAUUGUGGUUAUGGGAAAGGAGCAGCAGGAGAAUAAGAGAGCCAUCCACAACACACAACACGAGCUUUCACAGCAGUCAGCUUCACUGCUUGUCUCUCAGCACCAGCUAAAGGAGGUGGAGGCUGAAAACUCUAAACUACAGAAUCAACUGAAGGAGCUUAAUCAGGAGUACAGAGCACGCCUCACACACUACAUAUACGACAUCACGAAGUGUGUGCGCAGAGAAAGUGAUGCCAGCAUGCAGCUGAAGGAGUAUGUGGACUCCAUGUUGAAGGAGGUUAGAGUAACUUAUCGCUCCAGAGAGGAGCAGCUGACCAGCACACUGAGAAACUACCGCAAACGCCUCCAGAACCUUAGCAACACACACCAACUACUGCUCACUGCAUACAGAAUGCAGCGUGAGCAGAUUCUGGCACACACUGGGCACGCUCUGGAGGCGGGGCCACCCGAAGCACACUUCAGCCCUGCAGAGGCGGAGCUUAGAGGAGAGCCUCAGAGAGAACUACAGAGGCUGAGAGAGGACAAAUCUCGCUUGGAGACACAACUCAGAAUCGCACAAGAACAGGCAUCUCUGCUGUCACAGCCAUCUCAGAAUGUAACGCUCACUGAGGAAGCCUGGGCCGAUAUCAGGAAGCAACUCAGAGAGAUUGUAGUCACUGCACAGGAGACGCAUGAGAGAGAGCGUGCACAGCUCAUCACCAGGGCAACGGUUGCCGAGGAGCAGGUGAGGGAGCUGCAGGAGUAUGUCGAUAAUCACCUGGGCAGGUACAAGCUGGAAGUCACUCGGUUGAGGAGGAUGCUGCAGUUGGAGGCGGGGCGAUCACAGAGCGCUGAAUCACCUAAGCUCCGCCCUCUACACCAGUCACUCAAUAAGACCAGCUAAGAAUUAUAGACACAAUAUAAAAUACAAAAGGCAAUAAAAAGUGUUAAAAGAAUAUUUAUUAGCGAAUUAAACCAGUGUGAAUUUUUAGGUUAUAUAUAAAAUAUAUAUAUUUUAGUCUUUUGUAAUAUGGGUUAUUG